AUGGGAUUGAAAUACAGGGUGUUCUUGGAGGGCAAAAAGGUGUACGCCUGUGCAAAGUGUAAAGCCCACCUAUCAACCGAUCGCAAGAUAAUGUCAAGGAGCUUCCAUGGCGAAUCGGGUCCAGCCUUUUUAUUUUCUGACGUUGUGAAUGUGUUCCCAGACGAUGAGCUCGAAGACAGGACAAUGACAACAGGACGGCAUACGAUUGCAAUGAUCAAUUGUGAAUGGUGUAGCACGACGCUUGGAUGGAAAUACGUCAAGGCUUAUGAAGAAGAUCAAAAGUACAAGGAAGGGAAAUUCAUUCUUGAAAAAGCAUUGUUGAUGGUGACCAAUUGA